UUUUAAAUUAUUUAUUUGUUUAAAACACAACAAAAACCAAAAUUGCUUCAAUCUCGUAGUUUCUUUUGAUGUCGGCAUUCUGAUUCUGUCUGUUCUUAAUCUUGUUCUUUCUGCUGAAUGUAAGCUCAUAUUAACAGAAAUUUCCUUUUUCCUUAUUCAUUUUGGAAUUUCAUGGUACUUUUCCAUUUUUAGGGAGAUGCAGUGCAGCGUCUUCAAGUCUCCCACUCUUACACCUGUCUCUUUCACUUGUAAGAGCCCUUGUGAUUACAUCGUCCCACCCAGACAUCCAGGAUGAUCUCUCCAACUCAAAACCCUUAAUUUAAUCAGAUCUGUGAAGUCUCUUCCAUCUGUAAUGGAACAUAUUCCCAGGUUUGAGGAACUACAAUGUAGAUACUUUUGUGGGGCUGUGAUUCUGCCUACCACAGACACUAAGCUUAAAGUGAAACCCACGUCGUAUUCAAAGCUAGGAGAUUUUCCUCUAUUUGGCCAUUUAAAUUUUUCUUCCUGUCUUCCAUAGAGUUCUAUUCUCCAGCCUUCAGAGCUAUCAGCUUACCAUUCAAUUAUCUCCUUUUCUCCUGAUCUUCCUUUUUUAAUUUUUAAAAAACAAUACCUUUCAAAGAGCAAAAGUUUUAGAUUUUGAUGAGGUUCAUUCUAGCAAGUUUUACCAUUUGUAGUUUUUGUACCCUAAGCAAUCUUUGUCUUCUCCAAGAUGUGAAGAUUUGUUUCUGUCUUCUCUUACAAACGUUAAAGGAUUCCAGUUUGUAUGUUUAGCUCUGUGAGAUUGGCAGAGGGGAACAAGACCACACAGGUCCGGCUUUCGGGAUGGCUUUUUCUGUCUCUGGACUUUGCUGGGGUGACCUCACUGACACCCAUGGCUUCAACCACCACAUAUGCUGAUGGCUCCAAGUCUAUCUGUGCAGCCCAGACCCCUCCUCAUCUCCAAACCCUGGAAGCUGAUGCCCUGGGCAGCUCCUCCUGUUUCCCAGGCACCAGGAGCUCCUCCCUCCCUAUAGUUCUGCUCUCCUCAGGGCCCCCUAGGUCUCUGGAGUACCACCAUCUUCCAAGGUACAUGGGCCUCCCCAGAGUCUGGGAGUCCCAGACAUGUGACAAGAAUCAGAUGACUUCACUGUCUAAAUAAAACACCACUACUUGGAGGUAGAACACAGGAGCCCAUGAAUGUGGGAAGAGCACCCUCCCAAGCGUGUUCCACCCCUCACCUGGGCUCACCAGGAGGGUGCUUAGGAGGCAUAUAGUUUUAAGGGGGUUGGAGGAAUAGUUCAGAGGCUGAGAUGUUGCACCCACAGCUGAGAAUCCCUUUCUAGUGCUCUAUGUCCUUACAACUCCCCAGGAAUCAUGCUCUACUGGAGAGUUCCUAAAGCUCUUGCAGACCCGCCUUCUCUGUUCCAUCCUGAGUGUGCUGCCCUUGAGCUGGAUAUCCCCCUGGUAGAUGCUUCCAUUCACUGCCUGUCCCAUGGGUUCUGUCCAAAGGUGGAAUAUGUUAUGAAUGUGGACUUCUCAUGGGAGUAACUUUCUCCCUAAGGGAAGCCUCAGUCUCACCAGCAAUGGCAGACACAGCCAGGCAAGAAGACACAGAGGCAGUGAGAUAGAAAGUGCACACCCCAGAGAGCCUGCCCACAUCAUCCUGAGGCGACUAGGACAAGGAGGCAUCAGCAAUCUUCGAGCAUAUGCAGGAGUGACUUUCUGGAGCAGGACGAGCCUCAUGGACAUGAGACCCUUGUGAGUGCUCAGGGUAUCUCCCUUAGAAAGGCACACAUUUAAUUCUCCAUCUUGAAAUUUGACCUAGGGCCCCCACAAAUUGUGCAGCCCAUUCUGUUCUGGAGGAACCAUUCUUAUCAGAACUUGGUGCUAGAUUGACUUGGAGAAAACCCUGACCAUAACCUUCAGGAUGAAAUAAAGGCCUGGGUGAAUGGACACUUUAGUCUUUAAGCAGACUUGCAGAAGACUGGAGCCUUCAGCAUUCAGAAGAGAAAUUCAGACUUUGCAAGAUCUGAGGCCAGGCUCCAGUUAACCCGGGUCCCUUGGUGAGCAGGGAGCUCCCUGAACCCACCGUGGGUCCUUGCUAGGGUUGUCUUUCCCAUGUGUGCUUUAGACAGCAGCACAUCUUAUCCCAUGGUGUAGAUGGAGAAUUCUCAACAAAGCCUUCCCAAGAAUCCGAUCAUCACAUCUUGAGCUCAGCCUCCCUGCAGCUUUUUAUAUAUUGACAGCCACUUCAGAGAGAGUCCUCUUUGAUCCUUACAAUAAAUAUCCUGCUGCAAAAAAUGACCAAAACCAAAUAGCCAGCCUCCCCAGUCCCUGCUAGAGAAAGUUUGCUUAGCAAUGUUGUCUGUUUCUUGGAUGUGCUGUGUUACUUAUACAGGAGAAGAAAGAGUUUUAAGGGUUAGCAAAUAGGGUCAUCCAGCUGAGAGCAUAUGAUUAGGGACCAGGGCAAUGUUGACUCCUCAGACCUCAGCUGCAGCCUGAUAAACAUGGUUAACAGAGAAGUAGGAGGCAGUGACAUGAAAUGGGUGUUCACAGCCUUGUGUUGGGAAUUGGAUAAGAAACAAGAGCGUAAACUUGGAUGUUCCCCAGAGCGAGCGCAGGGUCAGAUGACUUUUUCAAGAUAGGCAUGAUUGGUCUUUUCCAGUGUGGGGCCCACAAUGAAAAACAAUGAUAGAUUAAUGGUUAAUAAUUAACUGGAGGAGGGCACUCUGUCUUCCAAUUGCGUGUUGAUUUGCUAGGUGGCUCAGUGACAAGGUAAUUAAGAUGAAGAAAGCAAAGGUAGGAUGCACAGCGUGGGGUGGACAGUCAGUUGUCAGUGGCUUCUGCUGAAAUGGCCGCAGGACUCCAGGUUCCCCUGACGCGGUUGGCCACAGGACUGCUGCUCCUCCUCAGUGUCCAGCCCUGGACUGAGAGUGGGAAGGUGCUGGUGGUGCCCAUUGAUGGCAGCCACUGGCUCAGCAUGCGGGAGGCCGUGCGGGAGCUCCAUGCCAGAGGCCACCAGGCGGUGGUCCUCACUCCGGAGGUGAAAAUGCACGUCAAAGAAGAGAACUUUUUCACCCUGACAACCUAUGCCAUUCCAUGGACCCAGGAUGAAUUUGAUGGUUUUGUGCUGGGCCACACUCAAUGGUUCUUUGAAACAGAACAUCUUCUGAAGAGAUAUUCUAGAAGUAUGGCAAUUAUGAACAAUAUGUCUUUGGUCUUUCAUAGGUCUUGUGUGGAGCUACUGCAUAAUGAGGCCCUGAUCAGGCACCUGAAUGCUACUUCCUUUGAUGUGCUGUUAACAGACCCCGUUAACCUCUGUGGGGUGGUGCUGGCUAAGUACCUGUCGAUUCCUACUGUGUUUUUUUUGAGGAACAUUCCAUGUGACUUAGACUUUAAGGGCACACAGUGUCCAAACCCUUACUCCUAUAUUCCUAAAUUACUAACAACCAAUUCAGACCACAUGACAUUCCUGCAAAGGGUCAAGAACAUGCUCUAUCCUCUGGCCCUGUCCUACAUUUGCCAUGCUGUUUCUGCCCCUUAUGCAAGCCUUGCCUCUGAGCUUUUUGAGAGAGAGGUGUCAGUGGUGGAUCUUCUCAGCCAUGCAUCCGUGUGGCUGUUCCGAGGGGACUUUGUGAUGGACUACCCCAGGCCGAUCAUGCCCAACAUGGUCUUCAUUGGGGGCAUCAACUGUGCCAACAGGAAGCCACUAUCUCAGUUUUUCAAUUUGAACAUAUUCUCUAGAGUUAACUACAUUGCUCAAAUCUUCACUGUCAUCUCAGUGGAGCAGAACAAAUUGGGAACUGUGGCACAGAUCACUCUUGCUAUGCCCCUUAGAGAAUUCCACAUUAACAAGGCUAAUUUUUGAGUGUGGUAAAUAACAGGCUAAUGUAUUUAAUAGUGAAUCCAUUGAUUGUUUCCCAGCAUGAGGUCACACCAGAUUUAACAUGGUUUGGCUCUGUGUCCCCCACCAAAUCUCAAUUUGAAUUGUAAUCCCCAUAAUCCCCACGUGUUGAGGA